AUGAAUUUAAUUCUUAUCGGUUUGAAAAGCAUUUGCAAAAGUGAGGAAGGUUUUUUUUUUUUCAAAACAGAUGAAAGACAAACGAGUCAUUUAAAGAACAUUUUAAAAGUAAAAUUGAAUCAAAUUGUUAAAGUGGGUGUAAUUAAUAAGGGAAAAGGUGAAGGAAUUAUUAUUGAACAGACUAACGAAUUUUACACAAUUAAAUUAUUAUCAGCUAUACAUUUACAAAAAUCAGUUGAUAAGUACAUACCAAUUGAUGUUGUUAUUUGCAUACCAAGGCCAAAGAUAUUGAAUAAAUUUCUGCAACAAUUAUCAUCUGUUGGUGUAAAAAAAAUUAUUAUUGUAUUUUCUGAUUAUGCAAACAAAUCUUACGAGUCAAGUAAAAUUUUAAAAAAUGCAGAAAUAAAAUAUGCACUUCAGUUGGGUUUAGAACAAGCAAUGUGUACACAAUUUCCACAAAUUUUUAUUCAUUAUUCAUUUGGUUCCUUUUUUAUGAACAUUCAGAAUUAUAUUGAUAAAAAUACCAUAAAAUUGUGUGCACACACUGAAAUAAAAAAAAAUCCUACAACUAUUGAACAUGAUAUUUUGCGUAGAGAACAUGGGAAAAUACUUUUAAUGAUAGGUUGUGAGAGGGGCUUUUCUGAACUUGAAAUUUAUUUAAUUAAAAAAUUGCAAUUUCGUUUUUUCAAUUUGACAGAACGAAUUUUAAAAUGUGAAACGGCUUUGUUAAUAAUUAUAGGUCAACUCCUUUUGCUAACAGAAAACAUAUCCCUUCGUCCUAAUGGAUGCAAAAUGCGCCGCAGUUCCCAUGAUGCAACUGACAUGAACUGUUUGAGUAGUAUGAGCAAUAUCAGUCACCAGAGUGCUUGCACUAAUUAUGAUAGCCACGAUACUCUACCUCAUAAGCCUGCAUCGAAAAAGUCCCUGCACGAAGACACAGAUGAAAACCAUCUUGCGGCUAAUUCUGAAAUCGAGGAGAGAAUAGAACAUCCAGACGAAAAUGAACAAAUCAGCGAAAUUAGAAACUUAUUAGCAACUGAAGCUUUUUUACCUGUACAGUUGGUGAAUAAAAUAAAUAAUUUUAUGUACAGUCAGGUGAAAAAGGAAAUCGUCGAAAAUGAUCCUUGUAAUAAUGAAAAGAAAGAUGUCUUAGAAAAAAACGCUAAUGAUGUUGAUGCCCUCCUGCGAAGCAUACACACGCUUGGUGAUGACAAAGGUUGUAAAGAAAACUUUCAAAAUAUUUAUUUAAGUUUGCUACUGAAAAAAAUAAAGUAUAAAAAAAAAUUUUUUCUGUCCUAUGGAGAUGAAAAAAAUAAUGUGGAUGAAGACGGGGUAUUUAUAUACAGAACGCAAAGGUACGUGUCCAAAAAAAAAGGGGGCGCUUCAUAG